GCAGAUGCCAAAAAAGUGACAUGACAAAUAUUACGAAAAAUUUGUACAGUACAUAAAAGAAAAAGACUGAUCAAAAAGCUAAAAAAGCAACGUUUAGAAUGAAAUUCAUUGCUUUUUUUGAUGGAAUGUAAUGAGUCAAUUUUUGAUAUUAAUUUAUUAUCCGUACUGAUACCGAUAGAGCUUUAAUAACAGUAGUCAUGAGCCGCCACGAAGGUGUAAGCUGCGAUUCUUGUUUGAAGGGUAAUUUUAGGGGACGUAGAUAUAAAUGCCUUAUUUGUUACGAUUACGAUUUAUGUGCUACAUGCUACGAAGCAGGGGCCACUAAUACUAGGCACACUACCGACCAUCCCAUGCAGUGUAUACUUACUAGAUCUGAUUUCGAGUUAUAUUACGGUGGAGAGGCUAUAAAUAGUUUAGAAUUGCCCCAGUCUUACACCUGCCCCUAUUGUUCUCGUAUGGGAUUUACUGACGUUACGCUGCAGGAUCACGUUACUUCCGAUCAUCAAGACACAAAUUUUGAAGUAGUUUGUCCGUUGUGCGCUGCGAUGCCGGGAGGCGAUCCGAACUUGAUGACUGAUGAUUUUGCGGGUCACUUAACAUUAGAACACCGAACGGGGCCUAGAGAUUUAAUCCCCUUUCUCGAUGAACCGGUGGGGACGAGGCACAGUGUGAGACGCAUGCCUCACAAUACCCACAGUGCUACCCAUAUUGGUCGAGGGGGCGCCACUGCUUUGAGACCCCGAAGGAGUAAUAUGCAUUUUAGUGUUUUUAGUUCUGGGGGGUUUUCAUCCCUAUCUCCUUCUUCAAGGGACUCCGUAGAUCCAAUUGCCGAACUUCUGUCGCAACUCUCAGGCGUCCGGCGCUCCGCCAGCAACACGAACAGCAGCACCCCGACGCAGCUGCAACAGCUGCAGAUGCAGCUGCAGCUGGAGCGGCAGCAGGUGAACGCGGCCCGGCAGCAGCUCGACCGCUAUCCGCGCAGGCAGACGCAGAGCCAGACGCUGCGGGAGCCCAACACGUCCAACUGCGGCACGUCCACCAUGAUGCUCAACGCCUCGCCGGUGCUGGUCCAGCCGGCGGCCAAUUCGCCCGUCGCGCCGGCGCACCACUCCCAAUUUUUGCUUACAGGGUUGCUGGAAGAGCUGUCGCUCCAAUCGGCGACCGAUCAGGUAAGGCAGGAGCGCAGCCGGUUCGUGCAGGAGCUGGUGGUGGCGUCGGCGGAGCACGUGCGCGGCCCGGACGGCGAGGGCGACAGGGACGCGCCGGCGCAGCAGUCGCGCCUCAAGUCAUUGUUAAAGUUAGUCGAAUCUAGUCCGCGGGAUUUGCUGUCGUCGGAGGAGGAUUGCGCGUCGAGGCCGGCGCCGGCGGCGGCUCCGCGGCAAAGCGGCGCCGUGUUGCGGGGACGCGCCAGGAGCGACGCGCAGAACGCGAAGCGCCGGGCCGAGGCGAACCGCGCCGGCCAGGAGCACAAGCCGAGGGGCGACGGCGAUCCGGAUUUUCAUAGAUAGUUUGUUUGGUUUACCUACAUUGUCAGUUCGCUUGUUAGACUAGUAAAUUACGUUUCUUAUGUGUAUGUUUCAGCGAGGCUCUCGGUCGUUGGCUAAUGAAAUUGACUGAUGAAAGAUACGAUGCAUACAUUCCUCGAAUUUGCAAAUGGUGGCUUUUCUGCGAAAGCUUCAUGUUUACAUAUAUUUUUUUUUUGAACGGUUCGUGUUUUUAGAAAUAAGGCUAUACCACUUCAAUAGCAGUAUCGAAUAUUUGUAAUAUUUACUAUGAAACAUGCGAACGCACAAGAUGUUUUUGUUCUUUCGCUGACCGAACUAUCAAUUUUUUUUGGAUGUGAGCCUAUUUUUAAAAAUCAAAGCGAACGAAUUUUUCCCUGAAAUUAGAAAUUUAAAAAAAGGCUCGUGCUGUAAUAAAUCUUGAAAUUGUAAAUACGCAUUUUAUAUAAUAUGUUAGGUGCACUCAGGACAUCGAGUAUUAGCACGGUAAACUCAGGAUCAUGAGUAUCCUUGAUACCUACUUUUUACUAUUACUAUCUAUCGAGUAAGAUUUAAAUUUAAUUUAAUUCUGCGGAUCCCGUCAUCAUCAGCAUUUGGUGCAACAGUUCCUUAACCUUCCUUUCCAGUUUUUUUUGUAAUUGACUCAAUCAUGUCCGUAUCAUGGGAUUGAAUUAUUGAAAUAUUUCAAAUUAAUUAAAUUAACUGAUUUUCGAUUGCAUUGAUAACAUAAUUUCAGUCUAAACAAGUGAACUAUUAUAUUGUUACAGUUACAUCUAUUAUAUUGACAAUUAUAUUAUUUUAUUUAUGUUAUUGUGUUCCUAGUUUUCUGAUUUUUCCAGUUAUCAGUUUUUUUAUGAAUUUCUAUUUUCUCAUUCGUUUGAUUUGAUUCAUUUGUUUCCGGGAUAGUACACCAAUUGGUGGUAGGUGGCUGGUGUACUGCAUAGGAAAUUGUAAUUUGUGUAUCAAUCCAAU